AUGGAUUGCAUCAAACAACCUUCAUCUAAUGAAUCAACAAGAAGCAAAAUUUCGAAAACGUUUUCGAAAUGUAUACACCCUCAAACCCCAUCAAGAUUUCCUCCAAACCCAAAACUUAGAACCCUUUCUGAGGAGCUUAACAUUAGUUUAAAAGACUUUAAAUCCGAACCGAAAUUAACCCGAACCAAAUCCCAGAGAUCCAACUCUGGUGAUCUUGCACAACAAGAGCAAGCAGCUAGAAAUAAAGCCGCUAAAGAAGCUCUUGUUGCAAAACUCUUUGCUAGUUUGUCGUCGCUUAAAGCUGCUUAUGCUGAGCUACAAAGUGCACAGUUUCCUUACAACAAUGAUGCUAUACAGUCAGCUGAUGAGGCUUUAGUAAGCGAGUUAACUGUAUUGUCUGAGCUAAAACAGAGGUAUUUGAACAAGAAAUUGGAUCUUCCACCACCCCAUGUUACCAACUUAUUGGCAGAGAUUCAAGAACAACAAAGCAACAUCAAAACAUACGAGAUCACAAUGAAGCAAUUGGAGUGGAAAAUGGAACAAAAAGACUCCGAAAUCGCCUCGUUAAGGAAGAAACUAGAGGAUACAACAAAGACGAACAAAUCUUUGGAAAAGCGCUUGAAUUCAAGUGGGGUAUUAUUCCCUCUUCCGAAUAACACCCCACUUAAUGAAUUAAAUCAGUGUCACUUCAUUCGAGUUCUUCAUUUUGUUCUAAGGUCAUUGAGGCAUUUCGUCAAACAGUUGGUGCGCGAAAUGGAAGUAAAAAACUGGGACAUUGAUUUGGCUGCGAAAGCAAUCGAACCAAACGCCAAGUUCGUCAAAUCAAAGCAUUCAAUAUUUGCAUUCGAAUCGUACGUUUCCCAGGUAAUGUUUGACGGGUUUAAUCAUCAUACUUUUUACCUCCCAGAUGAGGGGACCAAACAACCCUUAAAACCCCAGAUUUUCUUCGAAAAUUUCAGAAAACUUCAAUCUUUAACACCAUCUCAGAUUUUUACACAAAACCCAAGAUACCCUUUUGCGAAAUUUUGCAGAGGGAAGUAUCUAAAAUUGAUGCAUCCAAAAAUGGAGUGUUCAUUUUUCGGAAAUUUAGAUCAAAGAAAAGUGGUAAGUUCAGGGGCAUUUCCGGCAACAGAAUUCUUCUCUCUCUUCGCAGAGAUGGCACGAAGAGUGUGGCUGCUUCAUUGCUUGGCCUUCAGCUUCGAUCCGCCGGCGGUAGCUUUUCAGGUGAGAAAAAAUUGCCGUUUUUCAGAGGUUUAUAUGGAAAGUGUCGCCGGAGAAGAUGACGUCAUCUCCGGCGAUGUGACGGCGGCGUUCACGGUGGUUCCUGGGUUUAAAAUUGGUAAAACGGUGGUUCAGAGUGUCGUUUAUCUUUCUCCGGCAAAGCGAUAA